AUGGAUGCUCAACAAAGUAUCAACAUAUUAGCUUUGUUGUUAUUACUAGCUUCCAAUGUCAGAGCUCAAACCGGCCUUUUCGAUAUAAGAAAAUAUGGUGCAACACCUAAUGGAGAUAUAACUAAGGCUUUACAAAGUGCUUGGAAGGAUGCAUGUGCCUCAAUGACUCCAAGCAAAAUUUUGGUUCCUAGUGGUAAAUACAAGUUGAACCAAAUAGAUUUUAAUGGACCUUGCAUGGCUCCUAUUGAGAUUCGAGUUAAUGGGAUACUUAUAGCUCCAAAAAACCCAUUUCAUCUCAAUGGACAAGAUCAAUGGAUUAGAUUUGGAUAUAUUAAUUUCUUAACCUUAUCUGGUAAGGGAACUUUUCAUGGUCGAGGCAAAAUGGCUUGGGAACAAAAUAAUUGUGCAUCAAAUAUGAUGAAUUGCAGAAAGCUCGCUAUGAAUUUUGGCUUUGGUUUUGUUAAUAAUUCAGUGAUUCGGGACAUAACUUCCAAGGACAGCAAAUAUUUUCAUGUGAAUGUUUUUGGCUGCAAGAACAUUACAUUUACAAACUUUAAAAUUAGUGCACCUGCAUAUAGUCCUAAUACUGAUGGAAUUCACAUUGGGAGAUCAAUUCAAGUGAAGAUUACUAACUCAGAAAUUGGUACUGGGGAUGAUUGCGUAUCUCUGGGUGAUGGAAGCAAAGAAGUCACUAUCAUGAAUGUAACAUGUGGACCUGGACAUGGUAUUAGUGUUGGAAGCUUAGGAAAAUAUUCAAAUGAAGAGCCUGUAGAGGAUUUUGCUGUCAAGAAUUGCACACUGAAGAACACAAAUAAUGGUUUAAGGAUCAAGACUUGGCCUGGUACCCCAAUAACUUCUUUUGCGACUGAUUUGCAUUUUGAAGAUAUCACGAUGAUUAAUGUCACCAACCCUGUAAUUAUAGAUCAAGAGUAUUGUCCAUGGAAUCAAUGCUCAAAACAGAGUCCAUCAAAAAUAAAGAUAAGCAAAGUUUCCUUCAAAAACAUUAGAGGAACUUCUGCAACUCAAGAAGGAGUAGCUCUUAUUUGUAGUAGUGAUGUUCCAUGUGAGACUGUGGAACUUGGAGACAUAGAUCUAAGAUUUAAUGGAAUUACUGCAAUUGCAAAAUGUAAGAAUGUCAAACCCAUAAUGGGAAGAAAUGCACCAACUUGUACUACUUAGAUGGAUGUAUGCUAG